AUGGCUGUGAAGAGAUUCUUUAAAGAUUCGAGACAAUGGGCAAAAGACCUCAUAGCAGAAGUCACAACCAUAGGCAAUCUCCACCACAAGAAUCUUGUCAAAUUGAUAGGAUGGCUUUAUGAGAGCAAUGAACUCCUUGUGGUGUAUGAGUUCAUGCCAAAUGGGGGCUUAGACAAGUUGAUAAUUUGCGAAGAAAACGGAGAAAUCAGAGAAGGGUUGAGUCUGAAUGGGGAAAUAAGGCAUGGCAUCAUCUGUGGCAUUGCUCAAGCAUUGGAUUAUCUACACAAUGGGUGUCAGAAAAGA